UGCCUCUUCACACAAUUCCAAUCCCUGGCCAGUUCUCAGGGACUUUUUAGAUACUGUCAUUACCAGCACAUUUUAAACCAGUUUCGUCUAUAAUGAACAUGCACUACAUUCGCAUAUACUGAAGAUAUUCAGAGGACAAAGACAAUAGAGAAUGAUACAGCCAAACCCAAAAUCGUCACUGCUGAGGUAACAAAUCCGUCAACACAGGCAGGCCCGGCGGGACGGCGCGUUUGCUGCUCUCACUUCUAACCCGGACUUUCUGCUGGGAACACGCAUUGCACAGGGUAUACCACUGGAUUUUAUCAGAAAUUCUGCAAGAGUGACUAUCAAUAAAGAUGUCAUAUUUAACAAAAGGAUUUAAAUGUCCCAGUCCUGUGAUGUGCAAAGUAGCAGGAAGCCUGUUUAAAGCACGCACGUUAAAGAACGCGUUCGGCAUCAACGAACAAUUCAAAAUUUCACGUGCCUCAUCCCAGCUGAGCUCUGAAAAGACAAACUCUUAUGAUUACAUCAUUGUGGGAGCUGGCUCAGCAGGCUGUGUGCUGGCCAACAGGCUGACAGAAGACCCGCAGAGCACUGUGCUGCUUUUGGAAGCGGGCCCCAAGGACACCCUGCUGGGCAGCAUAAGGCUGAUGUGGAAGAUCCACAUGCCUGCUGCCUUAACCUACAACCUGUGCGAUGAGAAAUACAACUGGUACUACCACACCACUCCGCAGAGGCACAUGGAGGGCCGGGUGAUGUACUGGCCCCGGGGCAGGGUGUGGGGCGGCUCCUCCUCUCUCAAUGCCAUGGUCUACAUCCGCGGGCACGCCGAGGACUACAACCGCUGGAGCAGGGAGGGGGCUCUGGGCUGGGACUAUGAGCACUGCCUGCCCUAUUUUAAGAAGGCACAGACACACGAACUGGGGCCGGAUCAGUACAGAGGGGGGAAUGGCCCCCUGCACGUGUCAAGAGGGAAAAAGAAGCAUCCUCUCCAUCAGGCGUUCCUGGAGGCUGCCCAGCAAGCCGGGUAUCCCUUCACAGAUGACAUGAAUGGCUACCAGCAGGAAGGCUUUGGCUGGAUGGACAUGACUAUACACCAAGGUCAAAGAUGGAGCACAGCUAGUGCUUAUCUUCGCCCAGCCAUAUCACGCCCAAAUUUCUCAGUUGCAGAGAAGACACUUGUAACAAAAAUCUUGUUCCAAGGAACAAAAUGCAUUGGUAUUGAGUAUGUGAAAAAUGGGCAGAGGAAAAAGGUUUCUGCCAAUAAGGAAGUUAUUUUAAGUGCAGGUGCCAUUAAUUCUCCCCAGCUGCUUAUGUUGUCUGGAAUUGGAAAUGCAGAUGAUCUAAAAAAACUGGGGAUUCCUGUUGUUUGCCAUCUUCCUGGAGUAGGCCAGAACCUGCAAGAUCAUUUAGAAGUGUAUGUCCAGCAAAAGUGCACCAAACCUAUUACUCUGUAUAGUGCACAAAAGCCACUGAACAUGGUGAGGAUUGGCCUCGAAUGGCUUUGGAAAUUUACAGGUGAGGGAGCCACGUCUCACCUGGAAUCUGGUGGUUUCAUCCGGAGUGAACCAGGGGUUCCUUACCCCGACAUUCAGUUCCACUUUCUUCCCUCCCAGGUGAUUGACCACGGGCGGGUUGCUUCCACAAUGGAAGCUUACCAGGUCCAUGUGGGACCCAUGAGGAGCACAAGUGUGGGCUGGCUGAAGCUGAAGAGUUCAGACCCAAACGACCACCCCAUCAUUGAGCCCAACUACCUGUCAACAGAAAGAGACGUUUGGGAAUUCCGCCAGUGUGUCAAGUUGACCAGAGAGAUCUUUGCUCAGAAAGCUUUUGAAAAAUUUCGUGGGCCUGAAAUUCAACCAGGAAAUCAUGUUCAGUCUGACAAAGAAAUAGAUGCUUUCAUAAGGCAGAAGGCUGAUAGUGCUUAUCACCCCUCCUGCACCUGUAAAAUGGGUCAGCCUUCAGACAGCACCGCUGUAGUGGAUCCCCAGACAAAAGUAAUUGGGGUUGAAAACUUGAGAGUAGUUGAUGCUUCAAUAAUGCCCAGUGUUGUCACUGGAAACUUGAAUGCCCCAACUAUCAUGAUAGCAGAGAAAGCUGCAGAUAUAAUUAAGGGCCUCCCAUCACUUCAGGAGAAAAAUGUUCCUGUAUAUAAGCCCAAGACCUUGGAAACACAGAGAUAAAUAAGUAUUCUUAUCCUUUCAUAUAAUUUGCUAUUUAGGCUUUCAUCCUUAUGUUGGCAUCUCAUACUGAAUGUGCCAACGUGAUAAAUAUAAUGAAAAACAACAUAUCCUAUUAAAGUAACUAUUAAUUUGAAUAAUUUCUUUUGUAUUAGACUACCUACUGUUUUUUUUUUAAUCAGCUGGCUUCAGUUCCUUUUUUAGAAUCAUAGAAUAUGCUGAGUUUCAUGGGACCAAUCAGGAUCAUUAAGUCCAAUUCCUGGCCCUGUGCAGAACACUCCAAGAAUCACAAAUUUAAUUAAAUAUUACCUUCUGUGGUAUAUUCAAAUAUUCUUUUGAAGAAAAGCUGUUUCUAAAUGACAAGGUUGUACACAUCAGCCAGAAAUACCAUGUGACUGCAUGAGGAAUGGAAGAGAUUAAUGUGGGCUAUUUUGAAAUUAUUAUGUUAUUUGAAGAAUUUUAAUUGCUAUUAGAAUGUUACCCAGGAAAAUAGCUAGUCAGUAAUCACCACAUCCUGCAGAGAAUGGUCAAACAAAUGUAAGCACUUAUGUAAUUUCAAAUUCAAGAGCUGAAAUAGUUUGUAUCAGAAUUCAUAGGAAAGGGAGGAACCUGCACGUGCUCAGAGUUUGUCAAACGUGACAAACAUUUCCUUUAUGAAAGGAAUGCACAGUUUACAAAUCCCACUCAAAGUUAGAUUUCACUAAGCUCAGCAGCCUCUAACUGUAGAUCAUUCAGGAAGAAGAUAUACAGUGUAUUUAUCAGAACUUAUUUUUCUAAAAAUGCAGAACUGGAGUUGAAAUUUAUUAAAAUCUACUGGAAAAUUGA